UUGUCCUCCCCAUAUCCAACUUCAACGUGCCUCUCCUUAGCUCUCACGCCAAAACCCCGCACGACCGUGGUGGAGAUCCAGCGAACCCGGACAAGGUUCGCAUUCCCAUGACAGAUUUCGUAGACCCCAUUAGCCAGUGCUCAAAACCCUUUAAUUUCUUGGUUAUAAGUAUUGGGUUAAUUGGCUAAUUGAUUUAAACCUUUUUCUACCUGCCAUCUUCAUCUAUGUUUGGAGCUGUUGCAAAUGUUCCUACCAAUAGUCCUCACCUACGGAAGUCUGGAAGCCGACCUGUUUUCUCUGAUCCUGGUUCAGGUGAGCUAGGGAGUGGUGCUGAAGAAGGUUUCUUGCAUUCAGUAGAGGUAGAUGAAAUGAAGGGUGCAAGUGCACCAUUAAGUGCUGCUGCAAUAAUGCCAUCCCCUAUUUUCUUAUGGAGAUUUAAGGUACUAUUGUUUUUCAUCUGGGGUUUCAGUUGUUGCAAGAUUGGAUGGGAUUCUGUUAUGAGAAUGAGUGUGGACUUACGGGAUCUAUUUCUAUAUGAAGCAUUUUUGUACUAUAAUCCUCUCCUUCUUGUGACCAUGAUGGUUUGGCUUUGGGGAGUUAAUUUAUGGAUUUUUGCCCAAUCUAGCGUCAAUUAUGCAAAAAUUUUUGAGCUUGAUCAAAGUCAUCUUACUCAGAGAGAAAUAUGGAAGUGUGCCACAUGGAUGACGAUUAUUGUUCCAACUAGUAUGACUGCAUAUCUUUAUCUUUAUUCUCAUGGAGAAGUAUCAUUGGCUGCAUCCCAACCAGUCCUCUUGUACACUGCCAUAGCCCUGGUUCUGAUAUUCCCUUUCGAUAUUUUCUAUCUGUCAUCUCGCUACUUCUUGUUGAAGACUCUUUGGCGGAUAGUUCUGCCUUUACAGGCAAUAACAUUUUCUGAUUUUUUCUUAGCUGAUAUUUUGACAUCCAUGGCAAAGGUAUUUUCAGAUUUGGAACGAUCCGUCUGUCGAAUGUUGCAUAGACAGGUUGCCACCAUUGCAUGGUUUGAAGCUGAUUCUGUUUGUGGCAGUCAUUCUGUUGCAAUCCCAUUAGUUCUUGUUUUGCCUUACCUUUUCCGGUUUUUCCAAUGUCUUCGACAAUACAAGGACACAGGGGAAAAAACAACCCUUCUGAAUGCUUUAAAAUAUUCGACCGCAGUACCAGUCAUUUUUCUUUCAGCCCUUAAAUAUCAUGUAUUCCCUGAUAGGUGGACAAGCAUUUAUCGGCCUCUGUGGCUUCUUUCAAGUGUUCUGAAUUCCUUGUAUUCGUUCUACUGGGAUGUGACACGAGAUUGGGACUUGAGCAGUGCCUUCACUCGGAUUUUCAAGUUCUCCAAAGCAAGUCUCUUGUCAAACCUACUAUAUGGAAGGAGAUGGGUAUAUUUUUGGGUGAUAGGAAGCAAUCUGGUCCUGCGAUGCACAUGGACAUACAAGCUGUCUGCCCAUCUUCGGCACAACUACCUAACUGUCUUCACAAUCACUGCCUUGGAGAUAUUUCGACGUUUCCAAUGGGUUUUCUUCCGAGUAGAGAACGAGUGGAACAAGAUGAACUCCAAGUCGAACAUUCAGCUGUCCAUGAGCGACACGAGUGAGGAAGACAAAUUACUUGGCUCUAAUGAGCGCAAUGUAUAGACCCCUAUAGAAGUACUCUUCAUGUUUUGGUAGCAGCAGCAGCAGCAGCUGCCUGCAGCAUUAUUUUGAGGUCCUCAUAUCACUAUCCUCCAUCCAUUUAUUGGCCAAAAGGGGGGCUAGCCAUCACGUUCUCUCUUCUCCAUUUCUUAUGAUUCUUUUACAAAUUUUCUUUGUUAAAUGUUACAUGAAGUUGCAGGUUGACAGGCGAUUACAACAUCUAUACAAAACCCACAUAUUUUUUCUUGUUUCGA